UUGUAACAGCAGCAAAAGGGCCCAUUAUCACUAAUAAAGUGUAUUUUGACAUUAAGCAUGGUGAUAAGGAGUUAGGUCGUGUAGUUAUAGGAUUAUAUGGCAAAACUGUACCAAAAACGGUUGAAAAUUUUCGUGCAUUAGCUACCGGUGAAAAAGGUUUCGGAUACAAGGGAUCAAGAUUCCAUCGUGUGAUUAAGGAUUUCAUGAUCCAAGGUGGAGAUUUUACUAAAGGUGAUGGAACUGGUGGAAAGUCUAUUUACGGGGAUCGAUUUCCCGAUGAAAAUUUCAAACUUCGUCACACAGGUCCCGGUGUUGUGAGUAUGGCUAAUGCCGGUGUCGACACGAAUGGUUCUCAGUUUUUUAUUUGCACUGCUAAAACUACUUGGCUUGAUGGUCGUCAUGUGGUUUUUGGUUAUGUAUUAGAAGGAAUGGAUGUCGUACGUCAGAUUGAAGACGCCGAAAAAGGAAGCAAUGAUCGACCGAAUGAAGAUGUAGUCAUCGUUGAUUGUGGCGAAAUUGACAUUCAGGAACAUGAAAAACCA